GAAAGUCUUGUACCUCAUAAUAUCAUAUGAUACGAGCAGUCAGUCAUUUUUUAAUUAUGGGGUUUGUAACUGUUUUGUGAUUUCCUAAAUUGUCGCCUUCAUCGUGUUUCGGGAUUUUCCUUUGAUCUGGAGCACAGAUUCGUCGUCAAAUCCAAUCCACUGCUGAUGGAAACGGGAUCGUAGGAGGCGAAAAAGAACAGAGAUUGGUAUGGGAAAGGUCAAUUGAGGGAAGACAGAUCGAGUCAUCGCGGUUUCUGAUUCAAAGCCAUGAGUCUCUGGGAAGCUUUGCUCAACUGGCUCAGAAGCCUUUUCUUCAAGCAAGAGAUGGAGUUGUCUCUUAUCGGUCUUCAGAAUGCCGGGAAAACGUCACUUGUAAAUGUUGUUGCUACUGGUGGAUAUAGCGAAGACAUGAUUCCUACGGUAGGAUUUAACAUGCGGAAAGUCACUAAAGGGAAUGUAACAAUCAAGUUGUGGGAUCUUGGAGGUCAGCCCAGAUUCCGUAGUAUGUGGGAGCGAUACUGUCGUGCAGUUUCUGCCAUUGUGUAUGUUGUGGAUGCUGCAGAUCACGACAACAUCAAUAUUUCUAAAAGCGAACUCCACGAGCUUCUGAGUAAGCCAUCGCUGAGCGGAAUUCCUUUACUGGUGUUGGGAAACAAGAUCGACAAUCCUCAGGCUGUGUCGAAGCAGGCAUUGACUGAUCAAAUGGAUUUGAAGUCGAUCACGGACAGGGAAGUGUGCUGCUUCAUGAUCUCUUGCAAGAACUCGACGAACAUCGACCAGGUCAUUGAUUGGCUGGUUAAACAUUCCAAGUCCAAGAACUGAGUAAGAUGGAUGAGUGAGGCUCUGUGUUUUUUCUCCCGUUGGUAAUUUGUUUACUUUAUAAGGGUGAAUUUGGAAUGUAUGGUGUUGUUUGGGACUUGAUUGCAAUGAAAAGUUUGUUUGAAAAUUGUGAUUUGAAAACAGUAAAAUCAUAA